UGAUGGGUUGGUACCAAGUUUAAGCAUAUUUGCUUGAUUUUGAACACACAUAUACUGCUUAUUCCAAAAUGCCUAAGUCAGACUUUGCACAAGAGAAUCAGCCCCCAGCAGGUUCCAACUCUAAGUCAGACUUUGCACAAGAGAAUCAGCCCCCAGCAGGAUAUCCUACUGCUGACCCCCCUCGGCCUGCUGCUCAGAACAAGUGCUUCCCUCGCUCAAAGAAGAAAGGAGACAGAGGUUUCAUUGAAGGAUGUUUGUUCGCUCUUUGUUGCUGUUGGCUCUGCGAAACAUGCUUCUGAAAAAUGCACCUAUCUUCGGUCGAAUACUGUCAAUUCAGGGACAAUACUUUAUACUUAUUUGGUUGAGUUUGUUUGUCAUAUUCUAUAAUAAAGUAGACAAGUCUUGAAUCUACUAAACAAUCUUUGGAUGUGUUGCAAGUAGUUUUUGGUUAAUCAUGUUUGUUUUAUAAAGAUUUUUCUCUAAUAUAUAUGCUCUUUGUUAA